CCUCAAACUGUGUGUGCACACAUUCGCUUUUCCUCGGUUCGUGGAUAAAUGUACACGAUAUCUCGAGAUACGCGCGAGAUAAUCGGUGUAAUUGUGCCAAUCAAGGAGGUCGAAUCCUCGGUUCCGAAUAAAACGGUUCGCGCCGUUUCGAAGGAACCUCAGACACCGCAGAACCAUCCGAUGUAAUGCGACCGGAACAGCGAACGGUCUGAUUUGUUUAUUGUUGUUGUUCUUAGUGUUGUCGUCGUUCCUCUUUCCUUCCUGUAGCAACGGCGGUGACGGAGGAGCAGCAACAGCAGCAGCAGACAAGAACAAAACCGUUUUAUUGUCGCUUCGUUUGUUCAUUGUUGGUUUCGUCGAAGAGUGAACUUAAUUAGUUGGCAUUGUCUUCGGGGAGACGUCUUCGGGUUCAGUUUCCAUUCGGUGGAUGUCGAGUGUGCAGUGCUUUGGAUUUAAAACAAAAAAAAACUGAUUAUAAUAACUAGAGGAAGAAGACGACAACUGGCGACAUUUGGAAGAAAACAUGAAAUCGUCGCUGAUCUUUGUAAUACUCUGCGCGGGGAUCAGAGCCUACGAAGAGGACGUGCCGAGGUUCUUCACGAACGGCCAUGCAGGAUUCCAAUUCUUCCAUGCCCAGGACAACGAUAAUCACCAGCAGCAUCGUAAACCAGUCACGCAGACGGGAAACGAGUUAAAUGGUUUUAAGACCAUUAAGAGACCGCAAUUUGUCUACACGAACAGCAUCCGAAGGAAGGAUCAGGUCGCUAAUGUGGAUUACGUCAAUGGAAAAAAUGACGACCUCAGAUCGGACAGCUCAAAGGAGGUUGCAAAUGUCCUCGAUUCGACGACCAAAAAAACGCCGCAAACCAUUACUGUAGAUGGCAUCGAUUCAUCAUCAAGUACGAGAAGAACGACUUCGAGUACAACCGCACCGAGUCGAGUAGAGGAUUUGCUGGUAUCCGAACCAUGCACGAUCGCUGCUAACGAGCCUAAGGAUAAAUCUCAAUCGAAGCAUAACAGAUUAAACGUUAAAUUGAUUGCGAGGAAUCAAUCUCGGAUUACGACCAGAUUACCCAGUGUGAAAUCAACGACAGUUAAGAAUUUGGUUAUAACUACCGAACCUCAUGAAUUUUCCAGCCAAGGUGUAAUCAAAGUCACCGUUCUAAGAGAUGAACCUGAAGUUGUAACCAGGAGAGUUUCGUUGAAAUCAACCACAACCGAUGACAACAAGGUACCAAUAGCAACAACCGAAGUAACAAGAAAAAUGCCUCACGUUGAAAAUGAAACGUUCAAAUUAACAACGUUGACAAUUGAUAAACCUGAAACUGCUACAACUGAAACUUCCCCUAAACCAACAACAGCAACAACUAUGAAACCUACCGUAAUCAAAAAAAAUACUUCGACAACUGCAAGACCUAAAACGGUGACUAGGAGAAAAACCAAUAACAACAAUCUAAGAACAACUACCACCACGGAAAGUCCAUCAUCGUUGAAGACACCAGAAGUCGAUAAUGAUAUAAUUGCUACUACAACUUCAAAACCGACAACACCGAAAGUUACUAGAACAAAAUUCUUCAAUCGAAACCAAAAUAAGUUUGUUCCAAAGCCUCAAGAAAACAGCGUUCUGAACCGCGUUGAAGUGAUGGAAAAACGCAAAAAGAUCUACACUGGUUACAUAAGGAAAUUUAAUACAACUGCGAGCGCCAAUCCAACGAGGAAACCAAUCACGAGGAGGACUGUACCGACGCCUCCGCACAAGUUCUUCGCCAGGACCACUUUAAGCACCAUGACGACUUCCCGUUCUACGUUGAAACCCAAUAAGGAUUUGUACGCAAGGAAACCGAGCGAGAAGUUCAUGCAGCUGAGGCAAGGAAACAAGGAGAAGUCGCAGGUCGAGGAUGGGAUUAGCGCUCUGAGGAAGAGGCAUCUAAACAGUCUGAACUACUUCAGGCAACAUUCGCUUAAUUUUGCCAAACAUUGAAGAACGAUGUGGAUACUUUGAUGCAGCCCUAACUUGACUGUGAUGUUACUAUUAUUUAUAUUAUUUAUGCUCUCUAAACUAAGGCCAGAUCCACUAUUCACUAAGAACCCUUUGCGAACUUUGGAAGCCUUCUCUAAUCCGCGACAAAAUUAUGAAACAUGUAUCAUGUGAUUUUUUU